AUUGUUGACGCCAUUUUCUGUCCAAGGAAGCUCUGCUUGGGAACCAAGGUCCAGCUCGGCGUUGAGAGGAGGCGCUAUGGGGGGUGGGAAGGACAGUCAUGACCCCUCAGGCGCGGACAAGGGGUACCACGGAGGGUACCCAGCUGGAUACGGCCAAUACCCCGCCGGUUACCCUGCUCCGCCAGGCGUGUAUCCUCCCGGUCAAGGGUAUCCGGUCCUGCCCGGGGGCUACCCUCAACCUGGCGGAUACCCGCCGUCAAAUGGCGCGUACCCUCCGGGAGCGUAUCCUCCGAGCGGGUAUCCCCAUCAACCUACCUUCCCACCAGCCGGUUACCCUGGUCAUGGUCCAGCAACGCCUGGUCAUGGUGCUAUGUAUGGUGGAGGCCACGGUGCAGGGGGCUCUGCAGGGUACGGCGCGGUGAUCGCCGGAGGUGCCGCGGCGGCAGCGGCAGCCUAUGGAGCUCACAAGAUGUCCCACGGCCACGGAGGCGUCCACGGGAUGUACGGCCACCACGGCAAGUUCAAGCACGGCAAGUUUGGCAAGCACAAGAAGAUGUUCGGUAAGCACAAGAAGAUGUUUGGGCGCAAGUGGAAGUGA